CUCGAAUUAGUGAAGAUUUGGCGCGACAGAUCACAUGGGCGCAUCAGGCGACUCGGGGACAGGAUCGUCCACAUGCAGCUCGAAGGAGUCGUUUCUGGGAGUUGGGAACACUGAAUGCAUUGGGUCCCACCUCGGGUAUGCGGCCCUGCUCUGCGCGUUCAUCGUUCUCUUGUCUUUCGUCUUGGAUCUCGCGAUCGAGUUUGUCCGUCGCAAAGUCACGUGCCCCCAAAUGAUGCGCGUGGCGAACCGAUUCUUUGAAGAACUCAUGGUCAUGGGCGUGAUCUCCAUGGUAUUCCUCCUCGUUGUUCAUCAUGAAGCUUCAUCCAGGAUGUAGUGUAUCUUUGCCUUCAACACAAGUGGCGUGAUCGAACAGCUCAGCUCGGUUGUGUCUGGGCUGAGUCCAUCUCAGCUGCUUCACUUCCAGGAGUUCUUCCACUAUGUCGUGUUCAUGACAGCGGUGUACUAUAUCUGCAUCAUGGUUGUCCUCAUCCUCAUCGCGACCGUCGUCCCGCGAUAUCUAUACGAGCGACAGCGUCCCAGCGAAGGCACCGAACACGACGACGACAGCCAUGACAUUCCCAUUGACUCUCCUUCGCGAUGCAACUUGUCCCAAACGCAAACUGGUCGCGUGUCCGUUCGACGGUUCCAGCGACAGAACUCGGGAUAUGACUUCGUCAACGGGUCGCGCAUGUACUACUUCCUCCGCCAGCGAUAUAUGCGCGAAGGUUGGACGUUCCGCUUCAAUCUCAUCAAGCAGUUUGCGCUGUGGAAAUCUUUCGAGGUGCUCGCGUACAACGUGUGCCAGUACCGGUCUGGGUACCUCUACAAGAACCCAUCCGAGAUGCAGCGCAUCUUCAAUUUGUCCUUUCGGGCCUCGCACAACGUAAACUUUAGCCAAUUCAACACCCUCUGCACAAGGAACAUGCUCGCCACGAUCACCAAGUUUCACUACAGCGCGUUCAUGAUCCUGGUGAUGCUGAUUAUGCUCACCGGGCUCCUCCACGACACGUCCAUCUACUUGUACAUGGGGAUGGCGGCCACCCUGUGCGUGAUGAACGUUGUCAUCAUGAUCAAGACCCUGCGCAUUCUCAAGGGCAUCGUGAAGGACCGAUUGCGCAUCUAUACGAUGGACGAUAUUGAGCACAUGCUCCCGCCGUCGUCCACGGCAUUGCAGUCACCGCUUCGAAACAUGCAGCGGAAGCGACCUUCGUUCAAAGUCGUCGCGCAACUCGUUCGCGCAACCGUUCGCAUGCAAAUGUCUGUGUUGUGCCACCGCCAACUGCAUUACCACGACUCGCGCUUCUGGUUUCGCAGUCCAUCGUUCCUCCUCCGCUUGUUUCAGUUCGCCACGACCGGCCAGGCCUUUUACCUUGUCUGGCUCACUCUCGUCGUCGCCCACGACCACCUGGUCCAGCCAUGGAUGUACUUCUUCAUGGCGGCGUUCCCGGUCAUGUCGUUGCUGGUCGUCACACCGCUCACGAUGCCGAGCCUCGUGCUGGUCAUGAGCCUGACUGGGUACUUUGUCGAGCAAAACCCGGCCACAUCCCACGACUUUGCCACCGACACCAACAUGCACCUUCUCACGGCCAAGGACCGCAUCCGCGUCGCUCGGAGAUCGUACUUGCGGUCGACGGACGACUGCAGCGACGUGAUGGCUCCCAGUCCCAUGAUCAGCCCUGCCAACAGCUCGACCAACAACCCACCGGGUCCAGAAAUGCUCUUGCACAUGUACGACGCAUUCGUGCCGUCGCCGGUGCCGUCACCACUGCCGUCGCCGAAACCACGCCGACCAUCGAGUCUGGCUGGAAUCUUCGCGUCACCGGCGACGACCCCCGGCGGCGCUCGAGUCGUCGGCGGGUUCUUUGGUAAUUCAACUCCCUUGAGUACCGAUUAUACCAAGAUGCAAGAAGAUGCCGAGAGCGCGACGUGGUCGACGGGACUUGCCCCACAGACGACGCUCCAAGCCAUUCACAAGCCCCAACACCACCACACGAUGAAGAUGUUUGAAAAGUACUGCUCGAGCUACGGCGGGUAUCCCAGCGCGUCGAAGGUCGACGACCAAGGCCGCCCCGACGACCGCACGAUACGGGAAGUGUAAUGAUGGACAAAAUGCAGCCGUACGUGAAGGAAGCGGAUGUGAAGUUGCACAAAGGAGGUUGUAGUUGCUGGACAAGUAGCUGUGGAACUAUCGUGUUGGAUUGAAAUAGAGGGAAAUGGGGCUUCUACUUGACGGCAUGCUGAACGCGGUAUUUAACCAAAUGCGCCCGCUUCUCUUCCAUGGAGAUGUCAUCUUCGGGGUAGAUGAGGACAAUGCCAGGUUGCGGUGCGGCAAGCGUGAACGCAAGCGGCUGGUCAAGGGAGUCGCUGGAUGGCGCCACAACAGGCUCGACAGUCACGGGAGGUUGCAGCGAAGGAGCGCUAAUACCAAACAUGAGAGAAACGAGGAGGAUUAUUAUGGCGAUACCUCGGUGGGACCACGGGAGAAACGACUGCUGUUGGAGCGAGAGGAGGCGGUGCCAUACCGGGCGCGAACGGAAUCAUAGGCGGUGGUCGCAUGCCUGGGGGGAAUGGCGUCAUCGGCGGCGCGCCUGCAGGAGCAAAACCAGGGGGCGGUGGAAAUGGAGGCCGAAGUAGAUGUGGAGGUGGCGGAGGGCGUGGCGGAGGAGCGCCGACGACUCCUUGAGGAACAACACCAAAUGGGUAGCCUGUUGGUGCGGCCAUGUGCAUCAUCGGUGGUCGCGGCGGAUACAUCAUCGCCGGUGGAACAGUAGGCGCAUGCAUUAGUUGUGGUGUGAUCAUCGGUUGAGGUGGUGCAUGCAGCAUGCCGCCCUCGACACGCAUACGCUUGACAGGGUCGUCCAUGAUGUUGGUCGGCCCAGUCGCCGUCUUGGCCGUGUUGUAACCGGGUACCCCUUCCAUGCCAUACACCUCCACGUCGACGGACUCUUUACCAGGUUUCGCGUUUGGCACAUGCAGAAUUGUCUCGUGGUGCACUUGAGCAACGUGGACGACCAUGCCACUGGCCGUCGAGAGCUUCUUGUUGCAGUAGUUGCACUUAAAAUGGCGCGCCUUCUGGUGCAUGAUCAAGACUUUCUCGUCAUCGAAAACUCUCUCACAGUAGUAGCAGUAGAUGCGCGCGAUCUUGGUCUCCUCCACGCCAUCUUCCCUCCGCUUCUUCUUCCCCAUCCUGCCUGUGGUGCUCUGCACUUGGCAG